UCUUUGCAAGUCUCUGCCCUGUUCACCGCCCUUAUGGUUAUUCUUGCUGCAAAUUCCGAUGUUAAUGGCCCAAUCGUCUCUGUCGACCGGUUCUACAAUGAUAUUGAUAUAUCUCAAGUAGCUUUAGAAAAACUUCAUUCUUGUUUGAAAUUAGUUGAAGCUUAAUUUUUUUCUUAUUAUCUACUUCGGCCCUUAGUUAUAUACGCAUGAAGAUAUCAUUUGUAUGCAAUUUGGUGGUACUUCGUGAGAUGAUGCCAUAAUUGAAUAUAUUCUCUCAGUAAAGUUUUGGAAUUUCAUGUUUAAGGCAAUCUUUGGAUUUUUCCACAGAGAGUGAACUAUAGCAACCGAUCAGGGGAAGAGAAGUGAUUUCAAGGAAGAGAUGGAGCCAAAUGUGAAGAGUGAGGAAUCAGUAGUAGGAUACAACAGCAGCAAUGUAAAGAAGGCACGAUUACAGUCGAUGCUUUCGGCCCUCCUCAAUGAUCCCAUACUGGCUGAUGUUCCAAAGAAAACCACCCUUGCUGAUGUGGACACCUUGAUCAACUUGGAAUUAGGCAGUGCUAUGAGAAUUUCCAUUGUUAAAAUGGAUAAUACUACCUUUGUGUUGAAUUCGGCAACCGUUAAGGAUUUGAAAUUGGCAAUCAAAAGGAAAACGAAUGAUAUGGAGCAGUCUCAAAUGGGACAUCGUCACAUUUCAUGGAGGCAUGUUUGGGCAAACUUCUGUCUUUCCCACAAUAAUGAGAAGCUCAUAGAUGAUAAUGCUCUACUACAGGAUUUUGGGAUACGUAGCGGCUCUCAGGUACACUUUGUUUCCUUUGUUAUUUCAAGGGUAUAUCGGAAACACACUCGGAGGAGAAAACACAGGUUCUUUCAUGGUCUUGGCAAAUGAUACACAUUCACUAUCCAUCUUGUUUUUGUGAGGUGUUAUUUAUUGACCCCCAUCUAUGUAAAUAGGGAAGGAUGCUUCUGAUGAAUGUUAGAUGUUUUUGUGAGUUAUUUGGGUUCAAACAUAUUUUGAUGAUCAGAUUAUUCUUUUUGGAACCCUUUUUUUUUUUUUUCAAGUUAGACUAUAAAAAAAAAAGGUUACGUUGUUACAUGUUUUUUUUUUUUUUUUUGGGGGGGGGGGGUGGUGCGUGUGUGUUAUAUGAUACAAGAGGAUUGUCUUCUUUUUGUCUUUUCCAUUUUGUUAUAUAAACAAAUGUUCAAUGUGAUUUUGAUUAAGCUUGUCUUAAUCCCAUCUUCCCUUUCAUGAAGAAAAACAGAUGAAAUUUGUGUC